CGCGUAGACAGUAGCUUCCAUCGUAUUCAUUGGGUUCUCUUUCACUUGGUAUACCGCACAUCGUACACACAACACUUUUUCAUAGUCAACUCUGUCGUCUUCUGUUUCAGUCGGAAUUAUUUAUUGAAUAAAAGUGUAAAAUGGCAAAAUCAGUAAAAACAUCAUCUGGAUUUACAAAAGAAGAAGAGCUUCUUCUCAACGAUUUCAGCCGAAAUGUUAGCACAAAAUCAUCGGCACUUUUCUACGGAAAUGCAUUAAUCGUAUCGGCAAUUCCAAUCUGGCUCUAUUGGAGAAUUCACCAAAUUGACCUGAUUUCGGCAUUGGUCUUCUUCGUUGCAAUUACCGCUUUGAGCACCUAUCUAAUGGCGAUGGCUUAUAGAAACACAAAAUUCGCAUUGAAACACAAAGUUGCUGUGAAACGCGAAGAAGCUGUCACCCGUGAAGUUGCUAAGCAAUUGUCCGACGAUAAAAAGACCAGCCGUAAGGAGAAAGAUGAACGCACACUCUGGAAAAAGAAUGAAGUCGCCGACUACGAAGCCACCACUUUCUCCAUCUUUUACAAUAACGCUUUGUUCUUGGCUAUCGUUAUUUUCGUCAGCUUCUACAUCUUCAGAACAACUUCACCACUUGCUAAUUACAUUUUGACUGUCAGCGGUUCAAGCGGACUAUUGGCUUUGUUGUCAACGAGCAAGCAGACAUAAAUGUGUUUCAUUAGAAUAUUUAUUUUCAAGUAUGAAAUUAUCACGAACAUAAAUUGAUCGCUGAUAGCACAGAUACAUUGUCAUCUUUCAAACAGGAUUGCUCUUUUUUUUAAACAUCUGCAUUGCAAAAUAUGUGUCGCUUUCUUGAAGCACCAAUUUUCGUCACUCACUUAUUUGAAUAGUUAUAAUCGAAAAGAAUUUUCUAUGAAAAAAGCAAAUAAAAUAAAGAAUGAAAAUGGA